CAGAAACGAAUAGAAGGUGGACGUAAGAUUAGCUCCUCUGACUGAACACGAGUUACUCAUUUUACAGAAAAUACUGUUAUAACUAACAAUAACUACAAAGAGUAUAGGUACCAAUCUGAAUGCAUAGCAGACUCCCUGUGUUCAGACAUUAAGGAAACUGCUGAGGUUGAUUUCUACUUUUUUUUUCUGGCAUGAUCGGUAACGAUAGCUAGCAGCAGCAGUCGCUCUUCGCCGCAACUAGCCACUCUGACACUUUAAAAGGAACUGCCCGUCCACCUGUUUUCUUACAGACAUGCCUAUUCAGUUGACUAGUCAGGCGUACUGUAAAAUGCUUUUACAUACUGCCAAAUAUCCUCACUGUGCUGUGAAUGGCUUGCUGGUGGCAGAAAAGACAAAAGGGAAAAAGAAAGACGGUCACAGUGGUCCAGUUUUGUGCGUGGACUGUGUUCCUCUUUUCCACGGUACUCUUGCUCUGGCACCAAUGCUGGAAGUAGCUUUGACACUGAUUGAUACUUGGUGUAAAGAAAACAACUACAUCAUUGUCGGAUAUUAUCAAGCCAAUGAGCAGACAAAGGACUCAAGACCAAAUCAGGUUGCUCAAAAAGUCGCUUCCAGGAUUUCGGAGAACUUCAGUGAAGCCGCUAUUGUUAUGGUGGACAGCAGCAGGUUGACAAUGAGCUGCUUUGAGCCCAUUGUGUUUAUCCACGAUCACCAUGAAAACAAGUGGAAAGUCAGAGAAGUCACAACGGACGCUUUUGAGGAUUGGAGCGAAGCACAGAAGAUCACGUCUGCCCUGCUGGUGGGCAGGUCCUAUGAGAACUUGAUUGACUUUGACAACCACUUGGAUGAUCUAAGGAAUGACUGGACCAACCCUACCAUUAACAAAUCGGUCCUGGAUCUCUGUUAAGACUUUCAGUGCAAAUCUUUGGAGUUCCGCUUGAAAUUUUGCAUCCAUUUCUACUCGCAUGAUGCUACAUUAAAAACCUCCUGCACUGAAAGAAUUGGUGGAGCACUGAUCUUUCAGACUGAAGUCUCUCAACUGCAGCCGCCACACAUGCACAGUUGGCCUCGGUCCACCUUUACAAGGUGAUGCUGAGGGGAUAAAGGUUAUUUGUUCUUAAAUGAAAUAUUUCCGUUAUUUUGGUUUUGUGAAAUUGGUUCUACAGAUGCGUGCAAAAGAUCUAGAAUGUUUUGACUUUUGUAAAUUGAAAAGGUAGUAGCCAUACUGAAAUCAAGUUCUAACUUAUUAAUAAAGCAUUUGUAAUAAUUUCUAAUUUAAGGUGUGAGAAUAAAACUAUAGCGAUGACUUCUAAUUGUUAUUUUUUUAAGGUUUAAAACAAAAUUCACAUGUAAAUGUACCCUGAUGCUGGAAAAACCUACACUGACCUACUUUAUUGCUUCAUGCUAACAAACUUUCUUAUUUAUAACUUUCCACAAUGUUUUUGGAUGUUAGUUUUGGCUACAGAUAGGUUUAAAUUUACCGUACUUUUUAAAAUGUCUUAAAUGUAUCAGGUCAUUAGAAUGUGUGGAUUUUGUUUUUCACUAGAUGCUUGUUUGAAUAACUUGCUUACAGGUGUGUGUUCUUAAUUGACUUCUAAAUCACUUAAAUAUUGGAAUUAGAUAAAGAUUUUGACAUUAUAGAGCUGCCUUCGUAUUGGAUAAAACUGUCCAGAAUUAACUUUAAAUUUGUUUAAAAACUUGGCAUUUUUACAGAACCUUUAUGAACUGAAUGUAAAAUGAAAUUGGUUUCUUAAAGUGUCAAGAUACUUGCUGAAGUUUUUUUUUUUUCAUUUGUGAAAUAAAUUUGCAGUCUUUUAUUCAA